GGAAGCGCGUGACUUCCCUCGCCCCCCACACGCCGCCUGCCGCGCGCUUCCGCGGCCGCCACAACGUCUCCGACGUCGCGCCGAAGGCGUGGCGUGACGUCAAGACUGCACGUGACGCCCCAGGCGGCACCCCCCUACCGCCACCCCCAAUUCUCUUCUGUGAUCCUCACCCCCUCCCACCCCCUUCCUUGGCUGUCGGCCCCCUCGGCGGUGGUGGUCGUCGCCGGCCAAUCGGAGGACACGUCCCGACGCCGAAGGCGACACGACCGCGCGUCGCUGUCGACGCUGCGCUGCGCCGUCGUGUGGGCAGACCACGAGGCCGUCGCAUCCUCCCGGAACUCGUGGGUGCGCACCAUCCGAACUGUCGCCGACUGCUGCGUCUCCUCGGAGAGAUGUCGCGCAGGUCAUUGCUCUGACUUGACUGUGAAGACACGUCAGCCAUGUGACACCUGAAGAGCAAACGUGUCGGGCGGCUGUGGUGGUCUGUGUGUGUGCGCGCGUGCUACUCGGGAAGUGAGACUAAUCGUGGGUUGUGCUGACUUUCCCACGGAAACAGCCGCGAGAAACUUUGCGGACUGGCCUGGUGUGUCCGAGUGCUAUGCUUACGCAUCCUUGGCUCCAGUUCCUGCAGCCACCCGUCGUUCCACAUCUGCAUGCAUCGCCGGCCGUGUCAGCUGCCGCCGCCAAUGGCCCCGCCGGUGCAGCAUUGGGCGAAGCGCGGCCGCAGCCCAGCCCCGCGUCUUCGCCGUCCGACGGAGCAGCAACGCACCGCCGGACGCGCGCCAGCAUGGAUGUGGCGAUCCGCUGCACCCGACCCGGAUGCGGCUGUGAGUGCUUCACGCCCGGCAAGGGAGGAGGCCACCGGCUCUGCGACUCCUGUCAGCACGGCUGGGUAGCGCACGCUCUGGACAAGCUGUGUGACCCUCGCCGGUCGGCCAUGGUUGUGGCGGCGGGUGCAGUGGCCGGCGGCGGCGUUGCGGGCGGCGAACCGGUGCAGGCGAGCAGCGCGUUCGACAUGGCCUCGCUCGUGCUGUACGGCAGCCAGGCGGUGCCCGUGCGGCUCAAGAUCCUCCUAGACCGGCUGCUCAGCGUCUUGCCGCACGACGACGUCAUACGCGUCCUGCACGGAUUCGGCUGGACGUACGAGGACUACGUGCGCGGCUACAUCUUGCAGGACACGCACGGUAUCGUCCUCGAGCGCUGGAGCCUCGCGAGCCGGGACGAGGAGCCGCUCAUCAUCCAGCAGUUUCUGCGGUUCGCCGAGACGCGCGCCUUGGCCCACCAUUUCCUGACCAGCGACGCCGCCCCGCUGGCAAGUCCCGUUGACGGCCCGCCGCCGUGCCAGCCGGACUCGGACAUCAAGAAGUUCCUGGAGCGGAGCUGCCGCUCCGGGGUCGUGCCUCCAAAGCCGUCGUCUCUCUCGCUGUUUGGCGGCAAGUUCACCACCUCUUCUGGCGACACGUCUCUGCUCUCCUCGCGAGGCACCAUGUCCGUGAACAGGGGGCCCUCGCUCCGCCAUCAUCACCACCACCAUCACCCGCCUUCGAGCGUGAGCUCGGGACACUCCGCAUCGCCUCCCGCGGUCGGUUGUUCGCCCGCCGCCAGCCCGCUGACGGCGCUCUCGUCGUCCUCGCCGCUGAACAAGUUGCAGAGCAUGCAGCCGUACGACUUCCGGCAAGCGGAUCGCCGGCCCGCAAGCCCUGACGCUGCUGGGUCUUGUGUCACGGACAGCGCCCGGGGCGCUGGGGCGACGCUGAUGCCGGUCCACCACCAUCAUACUCAACACAACAAUAACAACAACAACAACAACAACAACAGCAGCAGUAGUCCCAAGACGCCGCUGUCUUCUCCCACGCACAACCACAACAGCUUUUCUGCGCCCUUCCCCAACCACAGUUCCGACCUGAGCGUGUCCGAAGGUCCAUCGGACGACGAAACCGGAGACGCCGGCGCCAUCAACCUGUCACUUGGUGUCGGUUCCAUGGACUCCGUGUACGCGGCGCGCAAAGUGAAGCACCUCCGCAAGUCCGCCAACCCCAUGAAGCGUCGCUGGAAUCCGAUGGUUUUGAGCACUCUCACUACGAACCCGGCGACGGGCAAGCGCAGGGUACAGUGCCACGUGUGCCUGAAGACGUUCUGCGACAAGGGCGCGCUGAAGAUCCACUUCAGCGCAGUGCACCUGCGGGAGAUGCACAAGUGCACCGUGGAAGGGUGCAACAUGAUGUUCAGCUCCCGCAGGAGUCGGAACAGGCACAGCGCCAACCCGAACCCCAAGCUGCACACACCUAACCUGAGGCGGAAGAUCAGCCCGCACGACGGAAGAACGGCGAACCCUUUUCCGCUGCUUCCGCCGUCAACGUUGCUCAACUUCAAUAACGCCAACGCAACGGGUAUCGUGCCGCCGUCGUCCCUUGCAAGCGCGCUUCACGACAAGCUCGGCGCUGUUCAGGAGAAGCUUGCGUCGCUUUGUUCGACGCAGUCCAUGAUGGGUGCAGGUGGCCCGCUGCCUGGUGACUGCGCCCUUAGGCUUACUACGUUUAGAAAAAGCAAACACGAGGAGAGAGCACCGUCGGUUGAACGGCCGGUCGACCGAUCGCCGCGUCGCAGGGACAUCGGCGGCGUCAACCUUUCCUUGGAGAAAGAGGACAAAGUCACGCAAUCCCGGCCAAGCCCCCCGGUGCUGGGCGAAAACAAAGGAGUGCGCAAGCGCAAGGCCCUCAACCCAACCAAGGUCGCCGCAGUCACCAGUGACGAUGAUCUUCAGUACGCCACUUCCGACGAGUCUUCAAGCAACACGUACAUUGACCAAAAUGGCCUCAUGGAGGAGUCCAAGUCAGAUGAUGACAUGGACGAUGUGGACGACAUAUCCACGGAUGGUCAAGACGACUCCAAAGACUUCGACGUCGACGACGACCUCGACGACAAGGACACCGACGGCCACAUGACGCCGUCUCCGCCGCCGAUCAAGUUCAAAACCGAGCGCGAAGUUCCCCACUGGAACUUCGAAGUGGAGCAGGGCAAGAUCGGUGGCGCCGUAUCUAUCAAGAAGGAAAACGAGAAGCCAGAGACGAUCCCGAGCAGCAACAGCGAGCCGCGCGCCUCUCCUGUCGUAACCAAGAGAGACUCUUCGGUCGAAGACCUGUCGACCAAGAAGGACGGAGAGAGGAUAUCGCCGGCGGCGAGUGUCAAGACGGAGGACGUGGCUGAGAACCCGCUGCGGCACCUGGAGUCGCUGUCGCUGGGCGCCUUCGCGGGCCUCGUGCCCACCGCCCCGCGCAGCCUCUCGUCGGGGGGCGUGUCGUUCCACGCACCCGGCCUGGGCCUGGCGGACGUGCCGCGCGACGUGCACGACCCGUGCCUGCGCGACUGCUCGCCGCCUUCGUCUGACCAGCACAUGUCCUCGCUGCUGCCGGUGUACCGCGACGCGGCGCUCGUGGGUCCCGGGCUGGAGAUUCCGGUGGACAAAGAAAAUCCCCGGCGGUGCACAGCCUGCGGGAAGGUGUUCCAGAACCAUUUCGGCGUGAAGACGCACUACCAGAACGUGCACCUGAAGCUGAUGCACAAGUGCACAGUCGAAGGCUGCAACGCUGCCUUCCCGUCGAAGCGGAGCAGGGACCGCCAUUCGGCGAACCUCAACCUCCACCGCAAGCUGCUGUCCACGUCGUCCUCCGAGAAGGGAGGCGCCUCCCCGUUCCUCGACAAGGCGCUGUUCCCGUACCCGCCGUCGGAUUUCUUCACCAGACUCUACGACCCGCAGGGCCUGCCGCUCAACCUGGCCGACGUGUACCACAGGCUGCCCGAAGGGUUCGCGCUGCCCCCGAGCUUCACCAUGGGGCCGUUCCACCCGCUCCUGGCGCCUCCGCCACCAUCGACGACCGGGGCCGACGACGACGACGACGAUUCGCGACAAGGAAGUCGCGGCGCCAUGUCGCCGGCCAGCUCCGGUGGCGGCGGCGUGGGUGACUCGCGCAGCGCGUCGAGCCCGCCGCCGCAACGAGGCGCCUGCCACGACGACGAAGACGUCGCCGCGGAAGACCGCGCGUCUUCGCCCGUCGACGAAACGCCGGUCGUUGUGGCGGCGACGUAACGUCGGCCUCUCACCGACCGCGCUCUUCAGGACACUAACAUUUGAAGAGUGCGCGGUCCCCUCGCAUUGUCUUCUCUUUUUUUUUUUUUGCCCGGCCCCUUCCUGUACAGCACCGCGGGGCGACAGUAUUCAGCAUCUCUCAUGUCCCACCCCGCGUCCCCUCACAUCUCGUUCACGGUAUACAGAUCGCGCUCACCGGAGCCCGCGCGCGCGUCAACGUGUUCCUCGGAGCGGUAUGCAGUGCACGUCACCGGCGUCGUCGCGCGCUUUGUGGCAAUAGUUUCACGCGGUCUGCGAAGCCAUUUUUCUAUCUCAAACCUCGCAUGCGAGCUGCUUGGCCUCUCUGUCAGUCCGAGUCCCUCGGCCGUCCUCGAUAGUUGUGCCCGACGAACGCGUUAAGUUCGUAGAUCCAAGCCUGUUCAUUUCGUUAGCGGGCCUGACAUCUUUCACGUCGCUGUCUACACUAAGCGCCUCGAGGGCAGCGGUGGAGUCGCGCGCGGGCUCCGGUGACCGCACCCAAGCCAGUAUACAGACACAAAAACACGCACUUCAUUUUGAGCGAGCUCACGCGAGAGGCGGCUCCGUUCAGGCGUUCCGUGCACCAAAUGCUCUCUUCGUGUGGUUUGUUAAGUGUGCGCGUACACUGUAUAGAAACAAGAAAAAAUAACGGGCGCGGGACGCACGCCUCCUGGGGCGCUGGGACUCCUCGAAGGAAAAAAAAAAAAAAGGACUCCGAGUGGUGUGCGCGUGUGCGCGCGUUCUGCGCGUCGACAGUAUCAAACCGUGUGUUUUUUUGUUGUCCGAAUUCUGUUUUUAAAUUAUUUCCGCGUGGCGGCAGCGACAGACGACCUGUGCACCACGUUUACAAAGCAAGAUGAACCUGUUUCAAACGAGACAUUAAAACGAAAAAAAAAAAAUCCUUGGGAUGAACCCGAUACCAAGGGACUUGCCAAAGUUCGA